AUGGCAUCUUCAUCAUCUUCUAACUCUGCUCACGCCUCUUCUUCUCGAGUGUGGAAAUAUGAUGUAUUUCUUAGUUUUAGGGGAGAGGAUACUCGCAAGACCUUUGUGGAUCAUCUCCACUCGGCUCUUGUACAACGACUAAUCCGCGUUUACAAGGAUGACGAGGCACUUCCCCGUGGUGAUUCCAUCGGCCCGUCUAUAUUCAAGGCUAUCGAAGAAUCACAUAUUGUUGUCAUAGUGUUCUCCAAAAACUAUGCGGGUUCUUCGUGGUGUUUAGACGAACUUUCAUAUAUUAUGAAAUGCAGGGUGAGAGGGUUAACUGUUAUGCCCAUAUUCUAUGACGUGGAUCCGUCGCAAAUAAGAAAACAAGAAGGGUGUUUCGGAAAAGCAUUUGCCAAACAAGAGGCGCAGAACAUCACCAAAGCUGAAUUGUGGAGAAAAGCGCUUUUUGAUGCAAAUUCAGGUGUUGAUGAAGACCUUCCUGGAUUGAGGGUUCGCGUACUAGAGUUGAUAUCACCGUUAGAACUUGGGUCGGAUUGUGUGCGCAUGUGUGGGAUAUGGGGGAUUGGUGGCAGUGGUAAGGCUACUCUUGCCUUUUCUGUUUAUAAGGAAAUCUCUCGCUCUUUUCAAGGUCAUUGCUUUAUUGCCAAUAUUCGUGAGCAAAGCAAAUAUGGUUUAGAAAACCUGCAACAAAAAAUUCUAUUAACUGUUUUGAAAACAGAUCAAAAAGUGCAGAGUGUUGAAGAAGGAAAAUACAUACUAAAGAGUAGGCUAUGUAACAGUAAAGUGUUGGUAGUUCUUGAUGAUGUAGAUAAUCAAAGCCAACUAGAAGCGUUGGUUGGAUCACAUGAAUGGUUUGGUGCUGGGAGCCGGAUAAUAAUCACAACGAGAGAUGAGCAUGUGCUAACUUCUCACAGGGUAGACGACACAUCUAGUGUUAGAUUACUAUCAGAUCAAGAGGCUAUCCAGCUGUUCAAUAAGCAUGCAUAUAAUGAAGUAGAGCCUCUAACAAAUUAUGAGAAACAUUCAUUAAGUGUGGUUUCUUAUGCUGCUGGGCUCCCAUUAGCGGUGAAAGUUUUAGGCUCUUUUCUAUAUGACAAAGACGAGAGUGAGUGGAUAAGUGCCUUAUCAAAGUUAAAAGUUCUCCCAAAUAUUCAGGUCAUGGAUAUAUUGAGAAUUAGUUAUGAUGGACUUGAACCCCUCGAGAAAGAGUUAUUCUUGGAUAUAGCAUGUUUCUUUAGAUGGGAAAGCGCAGAUAUCACGGAUGAGCCGAUGGAGAUACUUGACGCUUGUGGAUUUCACCCUGUUAUAGGGAUAAAGGUGUUGCAAGAAAUAGCUCUCAUAACUACAGUCGGUGGUAAGUUUGAUAUGCAUGAUCUGGUUCAAGAAAUGGGACACUACAUUGUUAGAGAGAAGCAUUAUAAUAAUCCUGAAAAGCAUACCAGAGUUUGGAGAAAAGAAGAUAUCAGUAACAUGUGUCUUGGGGAUGCAACAAAGCAAAAUAAUAAGAUUGAAGUCAUAGACACUUAUAGUUAUCUUCCACGCGCUAGUAAGAUAAUUUCAACCAUGAAGAAACUAAGGUGGCUUAGUGUUUACCAUGGUUGUGAUGAUGAAGGCCCUAGUUUUUUGUCAAAUGAGUUGAGGUAUUUUAGUUGGCGAUAUUAUCCAGAAAGUCCUUUCCCAGACAGUUUCCAACCAACAAAUCUUGUCAUUCUUAAGUUAGAUUGCAGCUUGCAAAGCAAACUUUGGAAUGGUUACAAGCGUCUGCCAUAUUUGAAAGUGCUUCGACUCAGGAAUAUGAAAAGCCUAGUAAACACACCAGAUUUUAGUGGACUGCCGUGUCUCCAGAAGCUGGCCCUCGAUUCUUGUAAGAAGUUAAAAGAGAUUCACCAAUCACUUGGAAAUCAUAGAAGUCUUGAAGACAUAAGAGUGGUUCGUUGUGAAAAGCUUAGAACGUUUCCAACAAUUCUCCAGAUGGAAAAACUAAAUACUCUUAUGUUGAAGUAUUGUAAUAUUCUUGAGUUUCCGAAAAUCCAAGGAAAGAUGCAUAGCUUAGAAAUGUUGUAUUUUAGUGGGAAUAAGAUAGCACUUGAGUCAAUGAUUCACCAGUCGAUACGAAAGUUACAUCUUAGUAGCUUACGAAAGUUGCAUCUUGGUGGCUGGGGUUUGAAAGAUGGAAAAACUCCCUAUGCUAUUGGUGAGUUAUCCAACUUAGAAGAGCUAGAUUUAAGGCGUAAUGAUUUUUCAACAUUGGGUUUCAGCCUCUUGAAUCUUACUAGGCUAAAAAUCCUCAUUCUGUCAGAAUGCAAUUGGCUUGAAGAGUUACCCGAGCUCCCAUCAAGCAUAGCUAUUAUUGAAGCAGACAAUUGCACGUCACUUACAACCACUGGAAAUCAUCACAGAAAUUUAAAUUCGUUGUGUCAAGUCUCACUUGUUGAAGGGGGCAUUGUGUCUGAUGCUGGCAGAUUUCUACAAUCCAUGCUUCAGGGAAGGGCUUUUGACAAUCACUGUACGAUUCUCCGAUUUGAAGGGGUUGAGAUUCCAAAGAGGUUUAACCCUGGCCUUGUUAGAGGUAAUAGAUGUACGUAUCAACUUCCAGAGAAUUGGUACAAUGACUUUAGUGGAUUCUUAAUGUGUGCUGCUUUGCCAUAUGUCAUGAACUAUAUUGAAAUAACAAUGAAGUGUGUGAUGGUCAGUGGUCUGGAUUCUCAAGAUGAUGAUGAUAUGGCUUGGGAGGCAGGCGUUGGUACUGAUAAGAGAACAUGGGUCGGGUAUGUUCUGUUUGGUUUGUUGAAACACACUUUAUGGUGGGACGAAACUUCCACCGCGCUUUCAUUUUCGUUUGAUCACUGCACAAUAGAUUGUAGCGGGAUUGGAAUUAAACUUGUUCCCAAGAAAAUUGGAAUUGCUCCAGCCGAAACCUCAACAAAUUAUCCACCUCAUUUUAAGAUUUUACUUGACUCAGCUCUAACUUUAAAGAUUUCCUUAGAAAUGAUUACAUAUGUCAAGUAUUGA